AUGGAUCACCUCCCAGAACCCCUCCAAACAAUCCUCACAAACGCAACAUACACCUACCUCCACUCAACAGCCCACACCCACCUAACAAGCCACCUGACCACCCUACGCACCUCCCUCGUGGACCCCUACAUCCUAACACCGCUCUCGCACCUCCUCGCCACAACGCUCAGCUCAAGCACCAUGCCCGACCUCAUGUCCGCGCUGGUCCUAGCAGCCACCCUGCUACUCUCGCUGAUUAUCCUGGACUAUAUACGGCGGUUCGUGGUGUGGUGGGUUAUGUGGUGGGUGAGGUUUAUUGUGCGACUGGUGUUCUGGGGAACUGUUGUUGGGGUGGGUGUUUAUGUUUGGAAUGUUGGUGGGGAGCAGGCUGUUCAGGAUGCGGGUAGGGUUUGGGGGUUUUUGAUGGGGUUUUUGGAUGAGGGUUUGGCUAUUGUUGAGGGUUCUGCUGGUGGGAAGGGGAAAGGGAAGGGUGGAUGGUUGUAG